AUGCAGGCCUGUUGGAGACUUUUUCUAUUUUCGUGUCUGCUUUUGGAAAGUUCAUGUCAAGACUUCGGCGGACAGACGCAGUUCAUUUGCACGUCCGUACCCAAGGAUGUGGACAUAUGCGCAGCCACCCUGCAGAACAGCGUGCCGGGGGAGGACCUGAAGACCACUGUCAUGCAGCUGCGGGAGACGGUUUUGCAGCAGAAAGAGACCAUCAUGAACCAAAAAGAGACUAUCAGGGAACUGACCUCAAAGUUGGCUCGCUGCGAGAGCCAGAGCGGCGCCGAGCCCGGGGACGCGCGGCCCGGCGGCAGGAGGAAAGAAGCUGGGACCAAAAACACAAUGGGGGACGUAUCGAGGGGCCCCGCUGACACUUUGACGCAACUGUCACAGACUUUACAGUCGCUGAAGCAGAGACUAGAAAACCUGGAGCAAUUCAGCAGAAGUAACAACUCGGUGCAGGCGAACAGCCUCAAAGACCUGCUCCAGAGUAAAAUCGACGACUUGGAGAAGCAGGUUUUGUCCCGAGUGAACAGCAUCGAGGAGGGGAAGCCCGGACUCCGCAACGAGACGGAGCAGCGCGGGAGAGUGGAGUCCACCCUCACGUCCCUCCACCAGAGGAUCACCGACCUGGAGAAAGGUCAAAGAGAAAACAGGCCUCUGGAUAAAUUCCAGCUCACUUUCCCGCUGAGAACCAACUACAUGUACGCCAAAGUGAAGAAGAGUUUGCCGGAGAUGUACGCCCUCACCGUGUGCAUGUGGCUCAAGUCCAACGCGUCCCCGGGAGUGGGCACACCUUUCUCCUACGCGGUUCCGGGUCAAGCCAACGAGCUGGUCCUCAUAGAGUGGGGAAACAACCCGAUGGAGAUACUGAUAAAUGACAAGGUCGCAAAGCUGCCUUUCCUCAUCAAUGACGGAAAGUGGCAUCAUAUCUGCGUGACCUGGACCACUCGUGACGGUGUUUGGGAGGCUUUUCAAGAUGGAGUCAAGAGGGGGAGUGGGGAGAAUCUGGCUCCAUAUCAUCCCAUCAAGCCACAGGGCCUGCUGAUCCUCGGGCAAGAGCAGGACACGCUCGGAGGAGGAUUUGACGCCACUCAGGCUUUUGUUGGAGACCUGGCAAAUUUCCACAUCUGGGAUCGGAAACUAUCGGUCGGAGAGAUAUACAAUCUAGCGACUUGCAGCAGCAAAGCACAAGUGGGCAACGUUUUUGCCUGGAUGGAGACGAGCCUUGAAAUUUACGGAGGUGCCUCGAAGUGGACAUUUGAAGCUUGUCGCCAGCUCAACUGAAGUGCAGGGAGGAGAAGAUCAAUGCAUUUGUUAAAGCCACUCUGUCACAGCAUCGGUAAACUAGUUUGAAAGAUCAGGAGGCGAUUAUUUCAAUGA